UAUCUCUCUCCCACAUUCUCUGGUUUUAAUUUUUUUCUUCUUCUCUGCAAAUCUAUCGAAAUAUCAAAAUCUCAAUGGGCGAUUUUGGCCGGAUUUGUGUACAUGACGCUCUCGGUGGCGGUCCAGUGGCUGAUAUAUUGUUAUGGAAGAAUGUAUAUGGAGGUGGAGUUGUGUUAAUUAGUAGCACCAUUUUUUGGUUUUUAUUCGAAAGAGGCGGUUAUAAUAUUUUGGCUUUCGUUGCCAAUAAUCUUCUGCUUUUGGUCACUAUUCUCUUCUUUUGGGCUAAAUCUGCUUCCCUUCUUAAUAGACCUCUGCCUCCAAUUCCUGAAUUGGACAUUUCGGAGGAAUCAGUUCUUAUCGCUGCUGAAGAGAUGCAAGUUUGGAUAAACCAUGCUUUUUCACUUGCACAUGAAAUUGCAGUUAAUGGAAACGUCAAAGCUUUGAUUUCCGUUGUCUCAAGCUUAUGGCUGAUUUCUUAUAUUGGUAGCUUCUUUAACUUCCUUACGUUGCUAUAUAUUGGGGUACUUCUGAGUUUAUCAUUACCAUUCUUGUACGACAAGUUCCAGACACAAGUGGAUGAAAAGUUAACUGUACUACACAAGAUCACCCAUUCAGUAUCCAAGCAAGCUGAUGCCAUUUUACGAAUGAUCCCAUCACUACACAAGCCGAAGACUCAGUAGCCAAUGUGUACAUUUUAACAAGGUUUGUUGCUAUAGCUGCUUGAGAUCUAUGCCUAAUAUCAUGGUAAACACGUCUAGCAGAAUUGCUGUUAAUUUGAGUGCUCUUGCCCCAACUACUUGAUAUGUUUUGGUUGCUGCAAUCUCGAGCGGUUUGUAGUGGUGCUAGUUAUCGAGGGUGUGAAAAAUUUGUGAAUUCAACAUAUCAUGAUCUUUUUUGUGGGUGUCAGAAGCAUCGAAGAUACCUUCAGUUUUUGGUUGAAAUACUUUUUAGUAAUUUUGUUUUGGCUUGCAUUUGUUAACAAAUUGAGUUUUUGGGGUAUGAUGAUUUAGUUGCUCAUCAUUAUAAGAUCUAACAACAUCAUGAAAAGAUUAAUAUACACUUUUAUUCAAUCA